UCAUAAAAUAAUAAAAUAUAGUAGUUGUGAGGAAGAAAGAGUACCAAGAUGAAAUCUUCACUAAUUAACUUCUUGUUACGUUACUACUAAAUAUGACCAUUUGAAAUCUUCAAAAUGAAGCAAGGAAGUAUGAGUCCUAAAACAAGAAUGGGAAUUACUAUUACUAUUCUCAUCUUCACCCAAAUCUUGCUCUGCAUUCAUGCUACUGAAACAGAUAUAUUCUGUUUAAAAUCCAUCAAGGAUUCCUUGGAAGAUCCAUAUAAUUUCUUAGCUAGCUGGGACUUCAACAACAAAACCGAAGGUGUUAUUUGUAAUUUUGUGGGUGUUAGUUGCUGGAAUCCCAAUGAAAACAGAGUGCUAGGAAUCGACCUGUCAAACAUGAGGCUGAAGGGCCAGUUUCCGCGGGGACUUCAUAAUUGCACUUCAUUAACUGCCUUAGACCUUUCAUCAAACAGCUUAUGGGCACCUCUCCCCUCUGAUAUUCAUACAUUACUCCCUUUCGCUGUCUCCAUUGAUCUCUCCAAUAACAACUUCAGCGGACAGAUUCCACCAUCUCUCGCUAGCUGCACUUACCUGAAUGUUCUCAAGCUUGAUGGCAACAUGCUCACUGGUGGAAUCCCGGGUCAACUUGCGGCGCUUCCCAGGAUUCGAACACUGUCUUUUGACAACAAUAGGUUGUCAGGGGAAGUGCCUAACUUGGCAUAUGGUUCGGUAAGUGUUAGCUAUGCUAAGAAUAGGGGGCUUUGUGGAGGGCCCUUGGAACCAUGCUCCUUCGACGGAGGAGGAGGGCUUAUUAUCAUGGACCAAUCCUUCAAGGAUGGCCUUUUUGUUGGUUUUGCAUCAUCGUUUAGUUUUCUUCUUGCGUGCAUCUUUUUCCUUUCAAAUAGUUACUGGGCAAAAUUAUUGAAGUGGAUCAAACACAAUAAAGGUGUAGAACUAGUCAAAUAUGUGUGUUCCAUCAUCACAGGGAGAAAGCUCGGAAUAGAAGCUGAUCAGAUGCCUCAAUUGCAGGAGAAAGGAAGCCAAAAGAUAGCUCUACUACUGGAAAGAUUAACAUCCACUAUGAAGUUUGAAGAACUAAAUGAUGCAACGGACGGAUUUUCUAUAAACAAUGCAAUUGGGUUUGGAAAGAUGGGAAUAAUGUACAAGGGAACAUUGGCUAACGGUUGGCACCUAGCCAUUAAGAAACUAACUGAUUCUCAACAAUUUGGGAGACAAGUUCUUAUAGAAAUAAGGAUUCUAGGUAAGCUCCGACACAGAAACAUAGUUCCCCUGCUUGGGUUCUGCAUUGAAAACGAUGAAAGGAUUCUGGUGUACCCGUAUUUCUCAAAUGGAAGACUCUCGAAAUGGUUGCACCCUUUGGAAACUGAGGCUAUGAUAUUGACAUGGCCACAGAGGAUUAACAUUGCACUAGGUGUGGCUAGAGCCUUAUCUUGGCUCCAUCAUUUAUGCAAUCUGCAUGUGGUGCACUUGAAUAUUUGUUCACGGAGUAUCUUGCUAGAUAAGAAUUUUGAACCCAAGUGA